AUGGAUCUUUGUGCAACAAGUCAGUCACAACACUUGUCAAGUACAUUGAUCAAUAUCAAUACAGAUACUUUGUCAUUACCCAUUCCAAUUCCGCCUAUGGAACGUGACAUUUAUGCAUCCAAACCAGUCAUCCACACCUCGAAGGGUUCAUCAGUUGACUUGAAUACAACUAAGGUCCUCAUUGUGUUGUCUUCUUUUCAGCUUGUUCCCAGUUACAAUGCAGACCUGGUAUUACUGGCCGCUUCUGGCAUAGAUGACGAGUGUAUCUUUCCUAGAAGGAAAGUGAUCUCCCCGCAGGAAGGGCUCACGGAAGAAAGACUCAAUCAGCUUGUUUUCUUUGAAAAGUACCAGUCUCAAUGGAGCACACCAGACCGUUCCAGGUCGACUUUGAUCAAGGUCCUGUUGAAGAAAUCAACUGAGAAAGACGAGAAGGAAAUUGGGGAUCAGGCUACAACACUCUACCUCUUCACUUUGCAAUCAGCUUACUGUCCUAAUCCCAAAAACACUGAGUCACAAGAUCCUACCUUUUCCCUGCACAACAGAGUCAUCUUCACGCAAAGGUGCAACUGUGACUGCACCUUCUGGCAACAAUCACAGGUUUGCAACUACAGUCAUGCAGGUGAUGGAACUUUGGACAGUCUUCUGUAUGCGAUCACUGUUCACCCCAAGCUUCCUGCUCAGUCAGGCCCUAAGCUAUCCACAGCACUUACCCACCCUGCAAUGACGCCUUGCUACUGGGAACGUUGUGUUGCAUGGCAAGGAGACAAAGAUUAUCCUACACAGUCCGGUAGACAUCAAUGGUCUUCAUCAUUAUUGACCACGAUGGACAUGACAGAAGCAUACUCAAGGCAACACCCAAUAGUCCACUGGUUGAAUCAAAUCAAGGCAAAGGUUCUGGUACUGGAGGAGUCUCUUGGUACUGGUGACAUCCGAGACUUCCUCUCCGUCAGCGAGAGCAAACAAGUGAACUGGAUCAUCGGUCUUGUCAUCCGCAAGAAGGGUGGUGAUGCAUGGGUGCCUUUGUUAGACGUGAAUGACAACAUGAUGAUGGGCGACAUCACAAGCGUGUCUGUUUUGGAUGAUGUGUCGUCAAUCUUGACCACAAUAAGCUGUGACUACAUGUACUGA